GUAUUAACUCGGGCCAGGCUGCUUCUAGCGGCGAGUAUCAAUCUCCGGCGAAGCAACAACGGACUUCUGGGCGGUGGUGGCUGCUGCGUGGGAAACGGCGACGCUGUGAUGGAGAGGAGGAGCAGAAGCGGAGGAGGAUAAUGAUGAUAAGAUGGAAGAGGAGUCGGUGGAGGAGGGGGAUUCGGUGGAGCAGGAGGAGCGGCCGGAUGACGAGACGAAACAAGACGAGACGAGGGGCACAACCCGAGAGGUGGGGAGAGGGACGGAAGGAGGAGGCAGAAAGAGUAUCAGAGAGGCAGAGUGUAUGUACCUUCCUGCCUGCGCACGUAUCAAUGCAUCUACACUGUCACUGGCAUGGAAUGGGCCCUCCAUAUCUUCCAUGCCGGGCCCAUGCCGACCCACAGCAGGCCACCGAUAUGUGUGCGCCAAAGAUGGCCAGAACGAUGAUGAUGAUGCGAAGCGUGUGUACCAAGAGUCUGCAUACUAUGGAGAGAAUGCUCAGCAGAAGCAAUACGGUAGCAAUACAUAGCAGCAGCAGCAGCAGGGUGUUGCCAGGGAUCGUCGGCGCAUGUUUGGGAUCACUGGCUGAUUUGGUCGAUUAAGAAAUGUUUCCCUUUUUGUGUGAAGGAUACAGGAAUCAGGGUGAGUACUUCUUCACACCAUACUGG